AUGCCAAAUUAUAAAGAGUUAAACAUUUAUGAACUCACAGACGGCUUUCUAGAAUUGAUGCGGCGUUCAAAUGAAUUGGAACAUGUCACUUACUCUGUUUUCGACAGUUUAAUGCAAGAAGCAUUAUUAGAUGUGAUAUUUGAAUUCCACUAUGGUCUCAAAACAAAUAAAUGUGACAACAUUGCGAACAUUCCUGUUAAUGAAAGCGAAUCAAGUGUUAUCAAUGAGCCUGGUUUAGACAUAUUUGGUCAAAGUGUCGUUAAAGAUGAUCAG